AGAGACACGUACAACAAACAUGUCAGCGUCCAGUGCGUAGAGAGUAGUUGUACAUUGCUUGACUCAACUCCACCAUGGUGCUUGUUGACUCACAUCCCCCCUACACUGGGACCAUCCUCCGUGUGAGAGGGCGGCUGGAGCUCAAAUGUCAGCUGGACAGCCCAGACGUGUCGCUGAUGCACAAGGCGAUCUCAGGAACAUUUGCGACCCUCCGCUCCCAGGUGAAAUCUGAAUCCUGUGUUCUCACAGUCUGUGACAGUCCUGUUAUUAUAUGGCCAAACAAAGGUGUUAAUGCAACACCAGAAGAAAUAACACCAAACGCACUGUGUGAAGAUAUACAUCUGUGGAUACAGAUGGAUGAACAGGAGAGCUUUGGCAAGAAAUCUGGAAAAAAGAAAAACAAGAAAAGUUCAGCGGUGAGUGUCAUAAACCUUAACCUGAUGAUGGAGGUGACAAAGCCAGGCCCUCUCUCAGCUCCCAUCCUCAGCAGAACUCUCCAGAGCUCCCACUUCCUGUCUGCGACUCUUCCCAUGGACUGUGUUGUCCGUACCAGCUGCAAUGACACGAUCAAGGAUGCCUGUGAGCGUCUGGUGGAGGCGCUAACUCAUCAGCUGUUUGAGAUGGAGAAAGUGACUUUGCAACACACAAAAGGGACGACACUGCUGGUCCCUGAGCCACUCCACUUUCUUCUUCCAGAGCCAAAAGGACUAGUGACAGUGGUUUACCCAGCAGGAGUGCCUGACGGCCAACUAGAGACACACCGGAAGGAAUUGCAUCAACAGUUUGAGCUACCAGAUGACAGGCCUUUUUUCAGAAGAGCCAAUGCUUACCACUUUCCCAAUGAGCCCUACAGAGACGGUUAUCUCCGAAACCCUCAUCUGCUCCUCACACAUCCUACCCUGGAUGAUGGAAAGGUGUACUUGGUCCAGGGGAUCUACAGCUAUCACCACUACAUGCAGGACCGUAUGGAUGACAAUGGCUGGGGCUGUGCUUAUCGUUCCCUGCAGACCAUCUGCUCCUGGUUCCAGCAGCAAGGCUACGUAGAGCGGUCUGUGCCCACUCACAAAGAGAUCCAACAGGCUUUAGUGGACGUUGGAGACAAGCAGACAUCCUUUGUGGGAUCACGCCAGUGGAUCGGAUCCAUUGAGGUUCAGGCUGUUCUGAACCAGCUGCUUGAGGUCACUUCCAAGAUCAUGUUUGUGAGUCAAGGGUCUGAGUUGGCAUCCAAAGGCAGAGAACUGGCCAACCACUUCCUUACAGAAGGGACUCCCAUUAUGAUUGGAGGGGGAGUUUUAGCUCACACUAUUCUGGGUGUGGCAUGGAGUGAGACCACCGGGCAGAUCCGCUAUCUCAUCCUAGAUCCACAUUACACAGGAGCAGAGGACCUACAGCUUAUUACAGACAAGGGCUGGUGUGGCUGGAAAGGACCAGAUUUUUGGGAUCAAACUGCGUAUUAUAAUCUCUGUCUGCCUCAGAAGCCAAAGCUCAUCUGAGCUCUCACAGCCUUUCAGAUGAACAUCGUUGGUAUCAGUACAGCAUAUGGAAACCUUAGGAGUGACACUAUAACCCAUUUGUUUAUAAGAAUGUGUCCAAUUAAUUAUUGUCUUCGCAACAAAGACACAACUAGAUGUAGAUGUAAUUUUAUGGAGAAAUGAAUCAUGUCUGUACUUUCUGUACUUGCUAUUAUUUAAUACGACAAAGUCUGGUAAAAAAUCUAUACUAAAUAGGCUAAUUUUAUUUUGAAGAGAAAUACAAUACAUCAAGGUCACAAGAGUUUUGUCACUGCUUUAUGUUAUCAGUAGACAAACAAACCCACGAUUACUGAUGCAAAACAUGCCCCUUCUGCAUCUGGUUGAUAUGAACACAAGCUGACACCUUUUCUACUGUACCAUAUUGUACUGGCUGAUUUACAAAUUAUGUUACAAAUGAUUAAACUGUACAGUACAGCCUGUAGGAGGGGAGAUAAAAGUGGGGAGGAAUAUAUACUCAUUCUUAUGCAUUCUGUAACUUAUGUAUUUACAGGUGAAUAAAUUACAGUGAAUUUACAAUAAUUCUCAUUUUACUGUGGACCCCCUAGAAACAUUUAAAGGAAUCUAAGCACCCUUGGUCCCACUCUAAGAUCCACUUUUGUCACAUCCCAUUAUUGGAAAACAAUCACGCCCUGUAAUUGAGUUUUCACAAUCAGUCAGUUGUCAGAGUCAGAUGGGUGAUUUUCUCCUGUCACCAGCAGACAAAAAGAUAUAGGAAUUUUAUUAAAAGAAAUGUUUAAAUCUUA